UUAUAUUGCCUUCAAGUAGGACAUCGGAUUCAAAGUUGAAAGGAGGAGGAGCAAGCCCAGGAUACUACUCUGAGGUUCACAAGAAAAGCAAAAGGCAGAAAAUAUAAUGGGAAACACAACGCAAAAAUCCCAGGAAACAGAAGUAGAAGAACCAGGACAGAUACAACAAGAAGAAGAUUCAAACUUUACAUGUGAAAUUUGCAUCGAACCUAUGUUAGCAAUCAGGAAAUUCAAGAAUGGUAGCCUGUGUAAACAUCCUUUCUGUUUGGACUGCAUAGCCAAAUAUAUUGAAGUAACAGUUGAGGAAUCCACUGGCUGCAUUGAAUGCCCUGGGCUGAACUGCAAGCAACCUUUGGACCCUCUCUCAUGCAGGCUUAUCAUCUCGAAGCCAAUAUUUGAGAAAUGGUGUGAUCAUCUAUGUGAUUCUACGGUUUUAGGGUCUGAAAGUUGCUAUUGCCCAUACCGAGAUUGCUCCGUGUUGGUUUUGAAUGAGUGUAUGGAUAACCUGAAGAAGAUAAAAUGUCCUAACUGCAAGAAAAACUUCUGUUUUCUUUGCAAAAUUCCGUGGCAUGCAGGAUACCGGUGCAAUGAGAGCAGACAUCUAAGAGAUACGAAUGACAUUCUGGUUGGUGAACUGAUUGAAGAGAAAAGGUGGACUAGAUGUUACAAUUGUGGUCACUCGGUUGAGCGAGUUAGUGGUUGCAGGGAUAUAAAAUGCAAAUGUGGGGUUCAGUUUUGCCACCAAUGUGGAGGGCCAUUCCAUUUCGGUCCUUGUAAGCACAAGUUCUGUGGAAAUGUUCUUUGCAAUAUGUUUAUUUUUAUGAUGUUACUGGCUUUCUGCUACUUCGUAUAUUUUGAAGUACAUUCAGUCCCAUCAAGAAAAGGGUAGACUCACAGUUGCGCUGGCCAUGUCUAGAUAAAUUUUCGAGCGUGAUGUUUAAGAAAGAUGUUGUAACUUUCAAAAAAGUUUGUGAAUGAUGUUCUUCUAGUACACAAAAAUAAUAUACUAGUUUGUUCGGUGGUUAGGUUAGAACUUAACAGGGGUUAGUUUUGUUCUAUCCUUGAACCUUUUCUACUUGGGAGAUGAACAUCCAUGAAAUUCUGGACAUGUUCAGUUAUUGUUACAGGGAAAGUUCUGAUUUGUUGAUCUGAUUCGUAAAAAUGUCACAUCAUUCUGAUUGAUUAUUUAUACAGCAAUAUCAUUCUGC